AUGAGCCUAUCUCGUAUAUGCCCACUAUGUGGACCAAAAUGCUCUAUUUGCUGUAUGGUGAUCAGUGCGUGGGGAGUCGUUUUUAUGGCCGUUUUGGGGAUUGCUUUCUACACUCAGACGGCGUUGCUGUAUCAGGAUCUGCACAUCCAAGCGACGGUCGCCGAUUUUAACCUCGCUGACGUGGCUGAACGAUAUCGUUCGAGCGCGUUCAACUGCUGGAUAGCCGCCGGUGGAUACGUGUUGACACUAAUCAUCGCCUUCUGGCAAAACAGAUGGAGCAACACCGUCGCUUUGUAA